ACAGAAAUUUUGUUGUUUUUGAAUUGGGCGGUUGUCUCGCGCGUCGAUCGCGGACUCGAAUUCGGUUUUCUCCCGCGGCUUCGCUUUUAACCGAAAUUAAAACGAUCAAAGUGAAUGAAAUUACGUUUUGCGAUCUUUCUGUUUGAAAUAAUUCGCCAAAGUGUACGAAUCACAACGAAAUACCAUCUAAAAGUGCCUUUUUCUACCAACAAUUCCGAGUUGGUAACACACAUACCAGCGCAGAGGACCGAAGCACACGCACACAAAAGCGCGCGCUUGUUGGUGUGCGUGUAACCACUUUUUUACCUGGUCUUACCUGUUUGCCAACCGAAAGAGAGUGGUCAGAGGAGAAGUAGAGGAGUAGAAAGAGAGUGCCAAAGCGGACGAGUGAAAGAUAAAAGUGAACGAAAUAUCAGGCAGGGCAGCUGCACCGAAAUCGGAAUAAGUCAGUUUACAAUCAGGGCGCGCACUGUACGCGAGUAUUAAUACCAAACUCAAUUCGAUUGAUAAUUAUUGAGCGGUUGCCAUGAAAAUGCAGUCCAAACAAACGGCACACUGAGCGAAAAGCGGCGAGAAGAAGAGUGCAAAUAGAAUAAAAUACAAACAGAGCUAGAUAAAGCUAAGGCAAAAGCAAAAGCAAAAGGUGUGUGAGUGAAAAUAAUACUGGGUGAUUCACAAAGAAGUGCUCGAAAGUGCUGCUGCGGCUGAAAAAGAGAGUUUGCGAUGGCGGAUCGCCGCUAGAGGAGAGUGUUGUGUGUCCCACAGUGUCCAGCAGCGAGUGUGUCCCCGAGCCACUGCCUCACUGCAUCAACAUGACGUCGUCGUUGGUGAGCCAAACAACCGGCCGCCAAUCCAUCAAUCCCGCCCAGCAACAGACACAUCAGCAGCACAAGCGGAAAUGCCGCGACCUGGGCAGGCGACUAAUCCCCGCGAGACUCCUCCUGGGCGUCCUCGUGGCCAUCAGUCUGCUGUCACCCGCCCUCGCACUCCACUCGCCGCCGGACAAGACCUACACCGGCGACAAUCGGAAGCCCGCCUUCAGAAACUGCGCCGGCUAUGCUCCAAAGGUCAAGGAGGAGCAGCCGGAGAACACCUAUGUGCUCACCGUCCAGGCCGAUGACCCCGAUCCCGACCAGGUCAUUCGCUACAGCCUCGUCCAGUCGCCAUUCGAGCGGCCCAAGUUCUUCAUCAACCCCUCGACGGGCGUGAUCUUCACCACCCACACCUUCGAUCGCGACGAGCCCAUCCACGAGAAGUUCGUCUUCGUCACCGUCCAGGCCACGGAUAACGGCCUGCCCCCGCUGGACGACGUCUGCACCUUCAACGUGACCAUCGAGGACAUCAACGACAAUGCCCCCGCCUUCAACAAGGCGCGCUAUGACGAGUCCAUGUCGGAAAAUGCCCAGCCCGACGCGGUGGUGAUGUCCAUCAGUGCCAGCGACUUCGACGAUGGAAACAACAGUUUGGUGGAGUACGAGAUCUUAAGGGAGCGCGACUUCCAGUACUUCAAGAUCGACAAGGAGUCCGGUAUCAUCUAUCUGAAACGAUCAAUUGACAAGCGACCCGGCCAAUCGUAUGCGAUAAUAGUGCGAGCCUAUAACGUAGUGCCCGAUCCGCCGCAGGAUGCGCAAAUCGAAGUCCGCAUCCGCGUGGUGGAGUCCUCGAUCAAGCCACCUUCCUUCGUGAAUCCCAUCGACACACCCAUUUACCUGAAGGAGAAUCUCAAGAACUUCACCCAUCCGAUUGCCACUUUGCGGGCAGUUUCCAAUAUGCCCGACAAGCCGGAGGUGAUCUUUGAGCUAAACACCGGGCGGACAGAGCAAACGAACAGCAAGAACACUUUCGUGUUCAACCAGAUUGGCAACGAGGUUACCAUUAGCCUGGGCAAGACUCUGGACUACGAGGCCAUCACAGACUACACGCUCACCAUGAUUGUGCGCAACACCCAUGAACUGGGCACGGAGCAUCAGAUCAAAAUCCAGGUGGAGGAUGUCAACGAUAAUAUCCCCUACUACACGGAGGUCAAGUCGGGCACGAUCCUGGAGAAUGAACCACCCGGCACGCCAGUGAUGCAGGUGCGAGCCUUCGACAUGGACGGCACGGCGGCCAAUAAUAUUGUCUCUUUCGAACUGGCUGACAACCGGGAGUACUUCACCAUCGAUCCCAAUACCGGUAACAUCACCGCACUCACAACUUUCGAUCGGGAGGAGCGUGAUUUCUACAACGUUAAAGUUAUUGCCAGCGAUAAUUCACCUUCGAGUCUGUUCGAUAAUGGCGAGCCAAACCGUGGUCACCAGGUGUUCCGCAUCGCCAUUGGCGACAAGAACGACCACAAGCCGCACUUCCAGCAGGACAGAUAUCUGGCGGAACGACUGCUCGAGGACGCCAACACCAACACGGAGGUGAUCGAGGUGAAGGCCGAGGACGAGGACAAUGCAUCGCAGAUUCUCUACAGCAUCGAGAGCGGUAACGUGGGCGACGCCUUUAAGAUCGGUCUGAAGACCGGCAAGAUCACGGUCAAUCAGAAGCUGGACUACGAAACGAUCACGGAGUACGAGCUGAAGGUGCGAGCCUUUGAUGGAAUCUACGAUGAUUACACCACGGUGGUCAUCAAGAUCGAGGAUGUGAACGACAACCCACCGGUGUUCAAGCAGGACUACAGUGUCACCAUCCUGGAGGAGACCACCUAUGACGACUGCAUUCUCACCGUGGAAGCCUACGAUCCGGACAUCAAGGAUCGCAAUGCAGACCAGCACAUCGUCUAUUCGAUUCACCAGAACGACGGCAAUCGCUGGAGCAUCGACAACAGUGGCUGCCUGCGGUUGAUCAAGACGCUAGAUCGCGAUCCACCCAAUGGUCACAAGACCUGGCAGGUGCUGAUCAAGGCCAACGACGAGGAUGGAGUCGGCAGCACGGUCAGUCAACUGAAGGAGGUCACGAUCAUUCUGAAGGACAUCAACGACAACGCUCCGUUCCUGAUCAACGAAAUGCCCGUCUACUGGCCGGAGAACCGAAAUCCCGGCCUGGUUGUCCAGCUGCAGGCCAAUGACUACGAUGACACUCCGGGGGCGGGUAACUUCACCUACGGCAUUGACAGCGAGGCCUCGCCAGACAUCAAGACCAAGUUCAGCAUGGACGGUGACUAUUUGCACGCAAACGUGCAGUUCGACAGGGAGGCCCAGAAGGAGUACUUCAUCCCCAUCCGCAUCAGUGACUCGGGCGUUCCCCGCCAGAGUGCGGUGAGCAUCCUGCACCUGGUGAUUGGCGAUGUCAACGAUAAUGCCAUGAGUGAGGGUUCGUCUCGCAUCUUCAUCUACAAUUACAAGGGAGAGGCGCCGGAAACGGACAUUGGUCGCGUGUUUGUGGAUGAUUUAGACGACUGGGAUCUGGAGGACAAGUACUUCGAAUGGAAGGAUCUGCCGCACGACCAGUUCCGACUGAAUCCCAGCACGGGAAUGAUCACUAUGCUGGUUCACACCCAAGAGGGAGAGUACGACCUGUCGUUCGUGGUGACCGAGGAGUCUUUGUUCGUGCCCCGUCACUCCGUGGACGCCUAUGUCACAGUGGUGGUCCGAGAACUGCCCGAGGAGGCGGUGGACAAGAGCGGAAGCAUUCGAUUCAUUAACGUGACCAAGGAGGAGUUUAUCAGUGUACCGCGAGACAUUCAGUCUCCGGAAGCGCUUUCCCUCAAGGAUCGCCUGCAGCUCUCGCUGUCCAAGCUGUUUAACACCUCGGUGUCCAACGUGGACGUGUUCACGGUUCUCCAGAACGAAAACCAUACCCUGGACGUGCGCUUCUCAGCCCACGGUUCACCCUACUACGCUCCCGAGAAGCUCAAUGGAAUAGUGGCCCAGAACCAGAAUAGUUUGGAGAACGAACUAGACCUGCAGAUGCUGAUGGUGAACAUCGACGAGUGCCUGAUAGAGCGGUUCAAGUGCGAGGAGUCGUGCACCAAUGAGCUGCACAAGAGCUCGGUGCCAUAUAUGAUCUACUCGAACACGACCUCGUUUGUGGGCGUGAAUGCCUUUGUACAGGCGCAAUGUGUUUGCGAGGCCCCUCUGAUGAGACCCUGUCUGAACGGAGGAUCUCCGAGAUUCGGGGAGAACGAUGUGUGUGACUGCAUAGAUGGGUUCACCGGACCCCACUGCGAACUCGUCUCUGUGGCCUUCUACGGCUCUGGCUAUGCCUUCUACCAACCGAUUGCCAGCUGCAAUAACACGCAGAUUAGCUUGGAAAUCACGCCACAGAUCGACCAGGGCCUGAUCAUGUACCUAGGACCUCUGAACUUCAACCCAUUGCUGGCAAUCUCCGAUUUCCUGGCCUUGGAACUGGACAAUGGCUAUCCAGUGUUGACUGUGGACUACGGCUCGGGUGCCAUUCGCAUUCGGCAUCAGCACAUUAAGAUGGUUGCCGACCGCACCUACCAACUGGACAUUAUUCUGCAGCGAAAGAGCAUCGAGAUGACGGUCGACAAUUGCCGGCUGUCCACCUGCCAGACCCUGGGCGCCCCGAUUGGUCCCAAUGAGUUCCUCAACGUAAAUGCCCCGCUGCAGCUGGGCGGCACUCCGGUGGACCUGGAGCGGCUGGGCAGGCAGCUAAAUUGGACGCACGUUCCAGCCAAGAAGGGAUUCUUCGGAUGCAUUCGCAACCUGACGAUCAAUGAGCAAACCUACAACCUGGGAAUGCCCUCGUACUCCCGAAACAUCGACAGCGGUUGCCAGCAAUCAGUGGCCGUGGCCUUCAGCUUUGGAAUUGAUCGCAACUUUAUCAUCGCGGUCAUUGUGUGCCUGGCACUGCUGAUAAUCAUCCUUUUGGCCGUGGUGGUGCAGAAGAAGCAGAAGAACGGAUGGCAUGAAAAGGAUAUCGAUGACAUACGCGAAACGAUCAUUAACUACGAGGACGAGGGUGGCGGCGAGCGGGACACGGAAUAUGACCUAAAUGUCCUGCGCAGCCAGCCGUACGAGGAGAAACUCUAUAAGGAUCCGUACGCGUUGCAGGGGAGCAUGCGCGAUCCCAACGACAUACCGGACAUCGCCGAUUUCCUUGGCGACAAGAAGGAGAACUGCGACCGGGACGUGGGUGCCACCACGGUGGACGAUGUGCGGCACUAUGCGUACGAGGGUGACGGCAACUCCGACGGCAGUCUGUCCAGCCUGGCGUCCUGCACCGACGACGGCGAUCUCAACUUCGACUACCUGUCCAACUUUGGACCGCGCUUCCGCAAGCUGGCCGAUAUGUACGGCGAGGAGCCCUCAGACACGGACUCCAAUGUGGACGACGACCAGGGCUGGCGCAUAUAGAAUUCCCCGCCAGACGCGGCAAGAUGACGUAGAAAUUGAAAAGACUUUUUAUAUACUAAGAGUUGUACGGAUGUUGAUAGUGUCGGGACAAGGCGCCGGCCUAGCCGGUCCCAACGUCGAUUCAGAGAUAAAUGUACCCAUAUGGGUAGACUAUAUAUAUACAUAUAUUUUUAUGGAGGAGUAUUGCAAGGGCCCUGGGGAACAAGUUUUUGUUUUUUGUUUUGUAAAUGCAAAAAGUGAUCUUGAUCUUACGUAAAUGAACUAUUUAAACUAGAGCUAACCACUAAUGUAGCCAAGCAACUGCGAACAAACCACAAAUUUCUGCAGAACUGUUAUUGCUUCGAUUCCACACACAUUUAACGAAACACAAAACGGGGUAGAAAUAUAAAUAUAAAUCGAAAUAGAAAUGUCCGAAAUAUUCCUAUAAAUCGAAUUCGAAAUCAUUAUGCAUAAGAAUUCAUAAUACCAACACUAGAUAUAAGCUUACUUUAGAACUUAUGUUAGUUGAAAAUGCAUUACACAACAUAGUAUGAAGAAUUAUAUCGCGUUAGCGCUUCGACAAGACAGAUCUUCAAUUAGAAAGAAAAUAGACACAAAAUCAAAGUUGAACUAAAUUCGAUAAGACAAGUCGGUAUAUCUAAGUUAACACAUUAAUCCUAAUUUAUCUAGAGCUGUAAACCCUAUCAAUAUCAGUAUAAGUUCUUAGGGUUGUCUUCUAGUACAUGUAUAAAUCAGAAAAACCUAGUUUAAACUUAUCAACUCGAGGGAGAACCAAACUCUUCCUGUAAUUAUGAACGUAACACGUGUGCAUCUAUAUAUCCAUGUUAUAUUAAAAGGGAUGUAUAAUAUACAAUACAUAGAUUUAUAUAUGUAAGUGAAAAUGUUCAAUAAAUCAUUGCGAUAUGUA